UCGACAGCAGCUCUGCUUGGCCAUCCAAGUUUCUGACCCAAAUCUCUGUCUCGCUUCCUCAAUCGCUUGUCGCGCUGGUACGAGGAUGCCAAGUCAUGUGUAAUGACUGACAGACGAAGAAUCAAUGGGCCGCCUAGCGGCACGAGGCCGGCCGUUUUCGCCUCAUCUCUCAAGUCCGCUUCUAGCAUUUCUACCGGCAGACCACGACGUCAAAGGCAGCCGGAUGAGCUUCGCAAGAUCUUCCUGAAGACAGGUCUCAUCCCUUCGGCAUCUGGUUCCGCCUAUCUUGAAUUCGAACCCUCCGCAUCACUUGCUGCUGCACGCUCAAACCCUCAAUCCCUGAUUCCUCCUUCCUCGGCAUUGAAGCUUGCCUGCACAGUCCAUGGCCCUAAGCCCCUGCCGCGCUCGGCUAGCUUUUCGCCCAACGUCGUCCUUACGACACACGUGAAGUAUGCGCCGUUUGCUGCCCGCCAAAGAAAAGGACAUAUCCGCGAUGCUAGCGAACGGGACCUGGGCGUGCACCUAGAGACGGCGCUUAGGGGAGUGAUCGUUGCUGAGCGCUGGCCCAAGAGUGGCCUCGAUAUCACAAUCACCAUCCUGGAAGCAGAAGAUGAUCGCUGGUGGGGCGAUGCACCCGACUCGCAUGAUGCUCCUUGGGGAAUGAUGAAUGUGUUGGCUGGUUGCAUUACCGCUGCGUCUGCGGCAAUUGCUGAUGCUCGAAUUGACUGCCUUGAUCUUGUAGCUGGUGGUGUGGCUGCCAUCGUCUCCGACGAGUCAGCAGAGGGUGAAACAUCUACUCCUAAGCUGAUGCUCGAUACGGACCCAGCUGAGCACAAGUCUAUCCUGUCUGCCUGUGUUGUCGCCUACAUGCCCUCUAGAGAUGAAAUUACGGAAUUAUGGCUCAAGGGCGAUCAUUCUAAGGCAUCAUUAGGCACUACUGAUCAGAGUCUGAACCAUGAAUCUCUCAUUGAUGGGGCAGUGAAUGCAGCUCGGGGUGCCCACACAGUGCUUGCAGAGGCUGUGAAGGAGUCUGCAGAGAGGUUUGCUGGUUUAUCCGCUGGAACAAACACGGCGUAAUUGUAACCUGAUUUGUGCACAUGUGGCGUUGUUCAAUAUCAUAUAUCCUUCACAUUUUAGCACCUAAUACAAUGCGCUCCCACUAUGCAUCCCUUUCCUCCAACCUCCUAUAACUUCGUAUUUCCUCGUGC